AGGCAAAGAAAGAAAGCAAGAAAGUAAGAUUGCCUUGUUAUGACGCAGUUUUAGACUUUCCCACCAUCACCAAAAAGCCCAGGGAAUACAAGGUCUGGUGUUGACUAGCAAGCGCGACGAGAUCCCUGUUUCAUACAAAUUGGGUUCUCUCCCUUUACCUCUUUACAUGCACAUUCUUCCUCCACAGCCAUCAUACUUUAUUUUCUAUCGGCUGCGGUCCCUUUGAAGGCAAAGCCUCACUUCGGACAAGAUGUUUGUCCUCAAAAAUGUUGGCAAGUUUAUCUUCGGCACUAGUAGCCAAGAGUCCAUGAUCGAGCUGCCUCAGGGCCAACUCUACCUAGUCCGACCCUUAUCGCCAAAAGGAUAUUCCGAACUCAUCUUCAAGGACGCCACUGCUCGUAUACGUCGAACCGGUCAAGACUUCCAAUAUCAACUUGUCAUACAGCGAGUUUACGAAGAAGGCGAGGCUGAGUUGGCGGACGAGGAAGGUGAAGACGAAGAACUGAACGCCUUAGCCGCUGAGAAGGACGAGAAGACAUUCCUUCUUGACGAGGCCCUUCACUUCCGCGUUGAGAUUAGAGAAGGAUCGCAGAACGUACUUGCCUGGAAGGAUUUGAGCGGAGACGUCGGGGACGUCUACGAGUUUGUCUGUGACCCUUCAAUCAAAUCGGCGCAAGUCGGAGCAUUCGAACGCAUCGCAAAACAGUGCCAAUACGAGCGCAAGUACCGAAAACCGCAUUCUACUGCCUCCGAAGCCGAUCUUGAACAAUUCGAUUUCGAAGAGCAACCCAUUCCUCAGGCCAGUCCUAUUCAUAGCCCAACUCUAUCACGAUCCAUUGAAUCCUCCGACGCUAUGUUCCAGUUAAAGAACGAAGCAAACGUUAGCGCCAAGAGGGAUAGUUUCCCGUCUACCUCGUCUGUACUCGCAGAACCGGAGCCAGAAGUCUACGAAGAAGAGGAAGUUGAUACAAAGCCUUCUAAGCAGAAGGAGCCCCCAAAACCACCGACCCAGCCUGAACCGGUUGAGAUCUUGUCUAUGGAGAUCGGCGAGCUCCACUUCUUCGACUUCCCCUCGGGGGCCUUCGUCCUUCAGGACUCGUCUGUCACAGCUCAGGUGUCAGACAUUGGUAAUUGGAAUUACUGGCUACACAUUGCCAGCAAAGACCGGCAGUGGCUUGGUAUUCCAGUCAUUGCUGACAUCAACCCGGUCUUCAACUUUGAAUUCCUCUCCUUUAUCUUCAACCAAUUCACAGACGACGGCUCUGCUUAUUCCUGGUUGUUGCGCUUCAAGGACAAUAAGACACUAGAGAGAUUCCAAGAUGGUCUGAUGAGAGCACUCUGGGAACAGUUGAAUGAAGUCAAGUGGACUAAAGUGAAGGAACAAGACCGCCAGUACGUCUUGGAUGCCUUUGAGGAUCUAAACAUGGAAGAUGCACCAAUUGAAGAAGAAGAGGAGGAAGAAGAACCUGAGCCUGAAGAGGAGGAAGCGGAGGACGAUGCGCCGCGGAGCGAACACUACGACAGCGACGAGGAGGAAGAAGAUGUCGAGACUGGUCCAAAAGACCCCUACACCAACUCCGCAUUAGCUGUUGGUUAUAAACACGAUCGCUCUUUUGUCGUCCGAGGUCCUAAGAUUGGAGUAUUCAAACAUACGCCCAAGAAUCACCUGGAGUUCACGACCAAUAUUUCCAAAGUUGAGACUCCAAAGGGCGCUUCUUUCGUUCCUAAGAAAGUCAUGUUGCACAAUGAAGAUCGCAAUCUGAUCUUGCAGAACGAUACGGACCCCAACAAACUGUAUCGCAUGGAUCUCGAGUAUGGCAAGGUAGUUGACGAGUGGAAAGUCCACGAUGACAUUCCAGUCGUCACAUUUGCACCCGAGAACAAAUUCGCACAGAUGACGCAUGAGCCGACAUUCUUAGGUAUUUCUCGCAAUGCACUAUUCCGCGUUGAUCCGCGUAUAUCUGGCAACAAGCUUGUCGACUCCCAGUUGAAGCAGUAUGUAUCGAAGAACGACUUCUCCUCGGUAUCUACCACAGAGAAAGGUUAUGUUGCGGUGGCCUCCAACAAGGGCGAUAUUAGACUUUUCGAUCGUCUAGGUAUCAACGCGAAGACCGUCAUCCCAGCUCUCGGCGAACCCAUCAUUGGUCUUGAUGUGUCGGCAGAUGGCCGUUGGGUGCUUGGAACUUGUCGCACAUACCUACUACUCAUCGACGCGCUGCAGAAGUCGGGUAAAAACGAAGGCAAGCUAGGCUUCGAAAAGCCGUUCGCCGCCGAUUCUAAACCUCAACCACGUCGUCUUGCAUUGACUCCUGAGCAUGUUGCUCAAUUCCACCAUGAAACGGGGAAGCCUGUCUCAUUCACUCCAGCACGAUUCAACACGAGCAAGACGAAUGAGGAGACAUCCAUCAUUACCGCAACUGGCCCAUACAUCAUUGACUGGAACCUUGAAAAGGUCAUUCGUGGCUCUAAAUCACCUUAUAUCAUCAAGCGCUACGAAGACAACGUUAAGGCCGACGAUUUCAAGUUUGGUACCGACCAAAACGUCAUCGUCACCUUGCCUAACUGGGUGAACAUGGUUGGAAAACAACAUCUUAAGAGACCUACGAGAGAGAGUAUCGCCGGCGACUUCCAACCGAGACGAAGCUCCGCACGAAUUAGCACACGACAGAGCGGACGGUACAAGCUUGGCAAGGACGACGUCGUAAACUCUCCAUACUAGACCGCUAGGGACACAACUUCUACCGACGAAACGAAUGGAUGGGCGAUUGUGCUAUUUGCUUUCAUGAGAUUACGUCUUAUUUUCCAGUGUUAGGGACGAACCCGCACUUUUCUUUUCCUACACUACAUACCCCCGCCGGCGUUCAGGGAUGGACGGGAACCGGUGUUGACUCAUUCUUCAUGGGGCCAGCCACUUUGGCUUAGGGCAAGAUACCUGUUUUUUCGAGUGUGCGAUGGAUCAUUUCGCCUACCUAGGUAGUUAGAUAGUAAUGUACCUCAUUUAGAAAUGUCUAUUUUGUCUAGUGAAGUAGGUUAAGGAUAUUAGACCAUGCACUCUG